ACAUAAACAAAAGUCGUGUUCAUCGGAAUUCCUCAAAUAAAAUUCACAAAAAAUGCGGUUAAUGGUAGAUGGAUUGGAAGUUUACUUCCCCUACGAGUACAUUUAUCCCGAGCAAUAUGCCUACAUGUUGGAACUAAAGAAGGCAAUUGACGCAAAAGGGCAUUGUUUACUCGAAAUGCCUUCCGGAACUGGCAAAACCACCACAUUGCUCUCGUUGAUCGUCGCUUACAUGUUGCACAAUCCUGGAGUCGUGCGAAAACUCAUUUACUGCAGUCGCACCGUGCCCGAAAUCGAAAAAGUCAUGGCCGAGUUGAAAGUUCUCAUGGAUUAUUACGAAAAAUCCGCAGGACAACGACCCGAAUUGCUCGGCGUUGUGUUGACAUCGCGCAAAAACUUGUGCAUUCACAGCGAGGUGAGCAAAGAACGCGAAGGAAAACUCGUCGAUGCCAAAUGUUACGGACUUACAGCGUCAUAUGUGCGCGAAAGACACAACAUGGAUGAAGCUACGUCCGUUUGUCAGUACUACGAAUGGUGGAGUACGGAGGGCAAGGAAACUCUCAUGCCGCCCGGCAUUUACAGCAUCGACGAUUUGAAGCAACUGGGUCAUGCGAGAACAUGGUGUCCCUAUUUCAUGACGCGACAAGCGAUUAUUUCGGCGCAAAUUGUCGUUUACAGCUACCAUUACUUGUUGGAUCCGAAAAUUGCGGAAGUUGUGUCGAAAGAAAUGAGUCGCGAGUCGGUAAUUGUGUUCGAUGAGGCGCAUAACAUCGAUAAUGUGUGCAUCGAUUCGAUGAGUGUCAAAAUUAACAAGCGAAUUGUCGAACGAAGUACCGCUGCGUUGGGCAAUUUGGAGAAAAUUGUCGCCGAAGUGAAGGAAGAUGACCAUAAUCGACUUACGGAGGAGUAUCAAAGACUUGUUCAGGGCUUGAGGGAAGCAAAUGUCGCACGAGAAACCGAUAUGGUAUUGGCCAAUCCCGUGUUACCGAAUGAUGUGCUGAAGGAAGUUGUUCCCGGGAACAUCAGAAAUGCCGAACAUUUCCUCGGAUUCUUGCGACGCUUCAUCGAGUACAUCAAAAUUCGGUUGCGAGUGCGACAUGUCGUGCAAGAAAGUCCCGCGAGCUUCCUUAAAGACGUCCAACAAAAGGUUUGCAUCGAAAGAAAGCCCUUAAAAUUCUGUGCGGAACGAUUAGCAUCACUCAUGAGAACUUUGGAGAUCACAGAAUUGCAUGAAUAUAGCGCCCUAACAGUUAUAACGCACUUUGCGACCCUCGUUUCGACUUACACUCAAGGAUUUACGAUAAUUUGUGAGCCCUUUGAUGAUAAAACGCCCUCCGUAUCGAACCCGAUUCUGUAUUUUAGUUGUUUGGACUCUUCGAUUGCGAUGCGGGCGGUUUUUCAACGCUUCCAAACUGUCGUUAUAACAUCAGGAACUUUAUCUCCGAUGGAAAUGUACCCGAAAAUCCUGGAUUUCAACCCAGUUGUCAUGGCUUCCUUCACUAUGACCCUCGCCAGACCGUGUUUACUGCCGAUGGUGGUUUCGCGAGGCAAUGAUCAAGUCGCGAUGUCAUCAAAAUUCGAAACGAGAGAAGAUACCGCUGUUAUUCGGAAUUACGGACAACUUUUAGUGGAAACAGCGAAAGCGGUACCGGAUGGCGUCGUUUGUUUCUUCACUUCUUACCUGUAUCUCGAGUCUGUGGUCGCUUCGUGGUACGAUCAAGGCAUCGUCGAUACAUUGCUGAAGUACAAAUUGCUGUUUAUCGAGACGCAAGACAGUGCGGAGACCUCUUAUGCGCUCAUGAACUACGUUAAAGCAUGCGAAUGUGGCAGAGGAGCAAUUUUAUUGGCAGUUUCUCGUGGAAAAGUCUCGGAGGGUGUCGAUUUUGACCAUCAUCUUGGCAGAGCAGUGCUCAUGUUUGGCGUUCCUUACGUUUAUACUCAAUCGCGAGUACUGAAGGCUCGUUUAGACUUCCUCAGAGACAUGUUCCAGAUACGGGAGAAUGAUUUUCUGACAUUUGAUGCUUUGCGACAUGCUGCCCAAUGUGUGGGGAGAGCUAUUCGAGGCAAAACUGACUACGGUAUCAUGAUCUUCGCUGAUAAACGAUUUGCACGUCAAGACAAGAGAAGUAAGCUCCCAAAGUGGAUCCAGGACCAUCUCUCGGAUAAUUUAUGCAACUUGAGUACUGAAGAAGCGAUUCAGCUGGCGAAACGAUGGCUUCGACAGAUGGCGCAACCCUUUUGCCGUGAAGAUCAACUUGGCACGGCGUUACUUACGCUCGAACAACUGCAAAAUAUGGAAAAAGAAAAGUUAGAUAAUCAAGUUCAAGUUGUUUCGAGGAUUUAAAAGUUAAUUUUUCAUCUAAAAAUUGUUUAAAAAAAAUAAAUUUUCAUCGUAUCUCGUUAAAUUUUCCAUUUUUUG